AUCGUCGUCCUACCAGACGGCGCAAAGGUCGACAUAUCAGCCUCUCAGGACCCGUCGCAGCCCACGAAGAUCUUCAUAGACCGCACCAUCGCAGCCGCAUACCGCACGCUUCCUCGCUCCGUCGCUCUCGUCAUUUCCGCUAUAGGCACCCCCUACGAGAAUAAAGCCGACCACAUCCCCAAGUUCCCCGUCCUCGAGAUCCUGCCCCCCUCCCAUGUCCAGCAAGGCUCUCCUGCGACGAUUACCCCCGCAGACCUCUGGGGCGUCCUGAACGUCCUCCACACCCUCUACCACCUCCAGGAAACCAUCCCCGUCGUCCUCUCCCCGGCCCUCCACAACGCCCCCGAGCUCGCCCACUACCUCCUCUUCUCCGGCCUCGCCCGCAAGCGCCACACCCGCCCCGGCGACGCCCCCGCCCGAGCCCAGGCCCAGGCCGAGCCCGAGCUCUUCCUCCUCCGCGAGACCUUCUGGCAGGGCGCCGGCACCUCCCCCAUCUUCCACCCCCGCGGCGGCUGGCUCCGCGGGCACGCCGCCCUCCUCGCCGCCGCCCCCUUCCCCUACGCGCCGUCCUUCACCCGCACCGACCUCGUCAUCGCCGCGCACCCGCUGCGCCCCCCCAAGCCGCGCCCGGGCGAGGUCGUCUACCGCAAGCACUUCCCGUCCGUCGGCCAGACGCUCGACUUUGCGUACUUUGACCUAGCCGGCGACACCGUGGGUAAGGACGCAAGUGGGGUCUCGCGCCACCUCGCCACGUUCCACCGCUGGCACAACAGCGACCACGUCAACCGCGGCUGGGGCGAACGCGGCCCGCUCGAGAAGCACCGCGCGUACAUGCAGGCCUUGCUCGCCGACCCGGGCGUUGUGCCCGUCAUGAUGAGCUGGGACGGCGAGCUCAUGGGCUACGCCGAGUUCCCUUACGUGAAGGAAAACCAUGUGGCGCCGUACGUCCCCGGCGGUGCUUGGGACUACGACCGCGGCCUCCACAUUCUCGUCGGCGAAGAAAAGUUCCGCGGGUAUCACAGGACGACCGCCUGGCUGGCAGGCGUCCAACACUACCUCUUCCUCUCCGACCCUCGCACCCUCCGCAACGUCGGCGAGCCCAAGGCGGCCAACGCCGCGGUCAUCAAAGUCUCCGAGGCCGUCGGGAUGAACCGGCUCGUCGACUUCCCGUACAAGCGCUCCGUCAUGACCUGGCUCCCGCGUGAGCGCUUUUUC